AUGUCGGCCCCUCUGUGGUCUGUUGUGACCGUUUGCUGCGCCUUGAUCGCACACUGGGACCUAAGCUCGGCGCAGUUGUUGAACCUGACCGCUGCCAACUCUACCGAGUCCCCGUCCACCGAACCCCGGUCUCUCCAGGAGAACAUCACCAGUAUUCUGGACGAACUUAUCGACGGGUACGACAACAGGAUCCGGCCUGGGAUAGGCGGUGGACCGACGGUGGUGAUGACAGAUAUCUACGUCACAAGUAUCGGUCCAGUUUCAGAAGUGGACAUGGAGUACACGCUGGACUGCUUCUUCAGACAAACGUGGCAGGACACGCGGCUCCAGUUCAGAGGUCCCCCGAAGGAACUCCGCCUCAAUAACGUCAUGUUGGACAAGAUCUGGACACCGGACACGUACUUCCGUAACGGCAAGAAGGCCAUCGCACACACCAUGACCACGCCCAACAAACUCUUCAGAAUCCAAGAGAACGGCACAGUACUCUACACUAUGAGACUGACCAUCCACGCUGAGUGUCCGAUGAUGCUAGAAAACUUCCCGAUGGACACCCAGGUCUGCCCGCUACGCUUCGGAUCUUAUGGCUACCCUAAGGAUGAGAUAGAGUUCCACUGGAAGUACGAAGACGACUACAAGAACUCCGUCAGCAUCAGUGACGAAGACCAGCGCCUGAACCAGUACGAGCUGCAAAAACAUGAAGCUGGGAAGGAGCUGAAAAUAUCCAAAUCUGGACAGUACAUCAUCAUGACCGUAGACUUCUAUCUGAAGAGAAACAUGGGGUACUUUCUGAUCCAGACCUACCUCCCCUGUAUCCUGAUUGUGGUGCUGUCCUGGGUCUCCUUCUGGAUCAACAAGGAAUCUACUCCAGCCAGGGUUGCCUUAGGUAUUACGACAGUGCUGACGAUGACGACCCUGAGCACCAGUGCGCGGCACUCCCUGCCCAAAGUGUCCUACGCGAACGCCAUGGACUGGUUCAUCGCUGUCUGCUUCGCCUUCGUCUUCGCCUCCCUGGUGGAGUACGCAUGCGUCAACUACUUCUCCAUGAGGAAGCCCUCGCCUCCGCCAAUCCGCAACUCGCAGGACGAAAACGAGGAUUAUGAUAAUGAGCAGCAGGGCACUUCCGCCGGAAACGGAAAGGGAGGAGCCGAAGUGAAGGAGAAGACCGGAUGUUGCAGUGUGUUCCGGGGCCGCUGGUGGCCACAGGUGGUGAAGUGCAUGAGAAACAACAUCCUGUACCGAGCAGAGUCCGAGGACAACGUCAGCAACAUCGACAGACUGUCCCGCGCCAUGUUUCCAUUCACCUUCGGCAUCUUCAAUGUCGUCUACUGGCUCGCCUAUUACAUUGAGUAAUAGCAUUGGAGUAUUGGAUAACUGCCCUCUACAUAGCAAACUAGAGUUCCCAGAUCUCAUACCUUCGCCAAACGAUGUUAAUCUUUAUGGCUGACAAAUUAUAGAUUA